UAAUACUACCAUGGAAUCCCAUUGUUUCGUGAAUAAAUCGCUACUAUUGAGUACUUGCUAGUAGAUUCCUAGAACAUUAUGGAUACCAGUAGCUGUACAACUAUAGUACUAGUACUUGUAUGGUUCUACCUGUGCUGCCAGGCACUGGCUUCAUUGGAGAGCGUGCUAGUAUCUACUGUACCGCUUGGACUAUGUCUAUGGCAAUGCAAGAAGGCUGGGUACCUCGUAUCCCCAAUGACAUGGGACCACUGGGUAUUAGUACUAUCACUAGUACUACUACAGCUAGUUGCAGUGGUAUUGGAGAAAUAUGAGAAACUAGAUUGGGGUCCCUCUCGCGUGGCACAUGGGCACAAAUGGGCACAUCCCAUUUACGCUAUUUCAGUGGUAUUAGUGGGUAUACUCGGUGGUACCCUAUACUGCGGUUGGAAGUGUAACCUAUUCUGUAGACCAUGCUGUAAGAGUCAGUACAUAUGCUACGGUAGUGCAGUAGUGGUAGUAUUAGUGGUACUUACCGUACUGGCAGUUACCGCAUCACUGGUACAGUUCCAAGUCAUUGGAGGAUCUGCUGGGGAGACAGAAAAGCCCAUCAUUCAAUACCUUGGUAAAAUAGUAGUAUGCUGUACCCAAUGCUAUUCUAUGUUGGUGCUGUGGAUUACUGUAUUCAGACUACCGUAUACACUACCGGAAGUGGUGGUACUGAUAGCAUCGGCACUGGCAGUGGCUUCUAUGGUGGCCUUGGCAGUGGCAUUACGGGGGAAAGCUGUGCAUUACAACAAUACUGAGGUCUACAUGUGUCUAGCAGCGCACUUGGUGACCCUGAGCAUUACCUGGUACUGCUUGGAGUAUAAAGCGACAUUCUGUUGUCCCAAGGAGUACGUGUGCCUCGGGGUACUGACAGUGGUACUACUGAUAACGUUGGUAGCGGUGGUAGUGGUGAUAGUGAUAGAUAUUGGAGAUGUCUAUGGCGACGAAUAUAAAUUUGAUGAUGUAAAAUACACCCUGCUGGGCUACUCAAUGGUGCUGAUGAUACCAACAUUGUGGUAUGCAUACCGAUGUGGUCUAUUUAAAUGGUGCAUCCCCAAGAAAAAGGGUCUCAAGGCUACUGACACUGCUGAGAACACGAUACCAGACAGUGAUAUCGCAAAGGAAUCAUAGUGGUGGGCAUGACUGCAGUAUUACACUACUAUCACUAUGACCCUGUUAGACUUGAUGGCCCAACUUUGGAUAGCUCAAUAUGAACUGGAACGUCCCAUGUGGAAGUGUAAUUUGUACUACGGAUAGU